AUGGCGCAACCAGCCAAUCCUUCAGAAACUGACAAAUGGAGCUCACUCCUGUCACGAUUGAACCCAAUACCGGGAUUCGCGGAGUAUACGGGACCUUACAAGGUUGGCACCGUGGAUGUUGAGAUCCCAGUCUCAGAACUCGAAUCACCGGCUCCGACACCGAGCAUUGCGGCAGACAUAGAGACGAUACAAUUCCGAAUAUUCUAUCCGGCGCAUCCGGAUUCCCAGGGCAAGCGCAUAACGUGGCUACCGGCUCCUCAGCGCGAACAUCUAUCUGCCUACAUCCAAUUCUUAGGAAUUGGGCAACUACUAGCAGAGGCCAUCUCCUUCCUCCCGAGACACCUACACUACACUUCGAUCCCCGUUAUUAAGAAUGCGCCGGUACUCGAACCUAACACCCCGAACAAACGGUGGCCGACGGCCAUAUUUUCCCACGGUCUUGGCGGUAGUAGAAACGCAUAUUCGCAGGUAGUAGGCUCGUUAGCCUCACAUGGUGUCGUGGUAAUAUGUCCCGAACAUAGGGACGGCAGCGCUGUUGCAUCCUUUAUCCGUAUCCCCUCACAGCAAGACCGGUACUUCGUACGCAGCACGCGCCGUAUGGUCCCUUACCUCCGCGUAUCACAUGUCGCCACGGACGAGGUAUACGCUCUACGAAACGAUCAACUCCGAAUACGGUUGUGGGAGAUGGGCUUAGUUCACGAGGCUAUACUAGGCAUCGAUAAGGGUCUGUCUCUGACAAAUCUAAACAAGAGCACCCCUUCUCUUUCCCCGUUCAUCGGCAAACUGCAUAUCCACGAGCCGGGUAGCAUCAUCUUCGCCGGCCACAGCUUCGGCUCAGCCACCGUCGUCCAGUUCCUCAAAUCCGUAUUCUACGCCGGCCGCCCGGAGCUCGAAGCCAUGUCUGAGCAGCUAUACGUGCCAUCCCGCACCUCUUCAAUCUACAAGCAGAUCACGCCGCGCAACGUUGCCAUCCUCCUCGAUAUGUGGUGCUUCCCCCUCCUAGCCAACACCACGAAACCUCUCUUCAACCUCCCGCUCCCCGUGUACGCCGCAGACAACUCUUCGUCGCCGGGCGGCAACGCGCUUCUGGCGAUCGGAUCAGAAGAUUUCUUCAAGUGGAAAGAGCACUUGCAUGCAACGGCGCGAGUACUAUCACCGGAUCCGUCGGCGCCGACGGUGCAAGCCACCGCUUUUUACGAGGAUAACGCGUCGGGCGUUAAGCUCCCCGAACCGAAUUUCUUCUUUGUAGAGCGCUCGGCGCAUUUGUCCCAGUCAGAUUUCGGAGUCCUAUUCCCGCGGCUCACGCGCAGGGUCUUCGGCUCCGAGGAGCCGGAGCGCGCCCUCCGGCUUAACCGCCGCGCGAUGUUGCAAGUCCUGCGUGCGAACGGCGUGCCGGUCGCACGCACGUGGACGGGGGAUCUGAUCGAUGGCGCGUUUAUCGGGAAGGAUUUAGGAGGGGGCGAGAAUGGAACUGCGACUGUCGAUGGUGAUGCGACGACUAGCCAAGACGUAAGGGAGGGCGAAAACGAAAGUGGAGAUGGAAAUCAUGACGUGGAAGUUGGAGAUAGGAGCCCUGAAGACGGGAUACACGAUGACAAGGCGAUCUUAGACCGUAGCGGACACGAGACUGUGGACGCCUGGCGGUGGAUCGACAUCGUGGGUAUGGGCGAGGUGGUGGAUGAUAACGGCGAAGUAAAGGCGGGCACCGAGGCAGCGGAGGAGCAGGAGCCGCAGAUGGCGGAUGUUAUCGAGCCCCGUGCUACGGAGGAGAACGUGGCGGAACAAAAAGCUAAUACUAAUGCUGUAUAA